AUGUCUUCUAACAAAUCUAACGAACCAUCCAAAGUUACUGGUAACGUUAAAUACUAUCAAGGUGCUGCUAAAGAAACUGCAGGCAAAACGUUAGGCAAUGAACAAAUGCAAGCUGAAGGAAAAGCAAAGAAAGCUGAAGGUGAAGGCGAAUACAAAGCCGCACAAGUACAAGGACAAGCCGAGGGUUUUAAAGAUAAAACGACAGGAGGCUUGAAAGCGAUCGGUAAUGAACAGAUGCAAGGAGAAGGCAAGGUCACCAAAAAUGCUGGCGAAGCAAAAAAAGAGAUCAACAAGUAA